CCUGCUUAAAGACCCACACACGGUCCCUGGUGGCAACACCCGCACCAUAACCUGUCCAACACUGUCUUCAAAGGCAGAGCAGAGAGGGGAGCAGCUGCUCCUGCACCUUCCUUCCUCCUCCUCCUCCUCCUCCUCCUCCUGGAGCAUCAAGAACCUGGCGCAGGGAAGCUCCAUGCCGGGUACACAAAUCCACAAUCCCGGUUUUUAAUCCCAGUUUUACCGCAGACAGAAAGCGGGAAGGGUCGUCCACUGCUCUCUGCAAGCCCAUGUGCCUGCUUGGACCAUGGAGCUGCCCUGUCUGCCGACUGAGACCCCCACCUCAGCCAGCUCCUGCUCCACGGAUCCCCUGUACGACAACUGCCCACCUUUUGGCCAGAGAGACAGGGCUAGGGAGAAGGAAACGGAGAACGGGGUUGUGUGUCCUUUAGUAACCAGACUCCCGGGGCCAAGCAGCCCUCUGCCCGGUUUGGUCCCAGCUCUGGCCGAGGUUCAGACCACGGUCGCUGGAGGAAGAGGAAGAGAGCCUGGCUCCUGGCCAGACCGCAGCUACUGCAGCUGCAGAGGGAGCCUGGGAGGACAGGCCUGGGAAUCAGAGCUCAGUUCUAGCAAAAACAAAGAAGGAGGACAACAGGGAGUUAACUGGCAAGCAGAAGAUGGGGCUUGUCGGAGCCAAAGCCCCUGCCCGUCACACGGCGAGGAGCAUCGCAGUGCUUUGUCGCUGUACGAUAACCUCACAGACACAGGAGCGCCAGACGGCUUCGUGGAGGUCUUCGACAUGGAGAUGAACUCGCAGGAGCCCUUCGAGGAGCACGCAUACACUUCCUGGGCCUCUGAACACAUGCGUGGACUGAUGCAGGGUGAUCCUCUGAGCAAAGAGAAGAACCUCUGGCCCCCUUGCGACAACCGACUCACUGAAGGUUGUUCUCAUAACCCGGACCAGUACCCAGACCAAGACGAGAGGCGGGAGCCGGAGCUGGACUCUGGAUCCUGCGUGCCGUCACUUCCGCAACAUCGCGUCAGGGAGGGUUCUCCGCCGCCGUGCCACGCAAAGCGCCAGGAUCCGUGGCUCCCCGCUGAAACCCAGCACUUGAAGGAGACGCCACUGUCUGUGAGGGUGCCCCCUCCUCUUCCCCUGGCUGACCCGUCUGCAAGUGCUCUUCGCAGCAUCCUGACGGGCCUCCAGCAGCAGAUCAUCAAGCAGAGGGAAGAGUACGAGGAACGAAUCAUCAGCCUGGAGCAAAGAAACGAGGAGCUGCAGGUGGAGGUUGUUCGCCUGAAGACGAAUCUCUCUCAGCAGCGCCACUGGUACCAGGUGGUCCAGGCUAAGAUAGUGGAGUCUGAGAGGGCCCGGGCUGCUGCAGAGCUCCGUAACGCAACCCUACAACGGGAGAUGGAUCAGUUCUUUGACACCUUCGGAGAGCUCAACAACGAGGCGAAGAAGACGGAAUACAUCGUCAAGAGUUUUUGAAUAAAGUUAAAUGUAUCAUGAUUGAUGACGUGAACGGUCUCUACAGACUAAAGAUGAGCUUUUCUUUGAAAUUUUAGUUUUCGAGAAAACAUUUUCUUCCCCGUAACAAGUGCAUCUCAAUAAAUCUGAUUAUUGAAAUUUU